AUGCCAAACUGGGGAGGUGGCGCAAAGUGUGCAGCCUGCGAGAAAACUGUCUAUCAUGCGGAGGAGAUCCAGUGUAAUGGGAGAAGCUUCCAUAAAACCUGUUUCAUCUGCAUGAGCUGCAGAAAAGGACUGGACAGCACCACAGUAGCAGCGCACGAGUCUGAGAUCUACUGCAAAUCUUGCUACGGCAAAAAAUAUGGGCCGAAAGGUUAUGGGUACGGGCAAGGGGCUGGAGCGCUGAGUUCCGAUCCUGUUGGAAAGCAUGUUGAUCUCCAGCCCGAUGAAUCUAAACCACGGCAAUCCUCGACCAACUCCACAUCUAACAAGUUUUCCACGAAGUUUGGAGGCUCUGAUCGCUGUCCUCGUUGCUCCAAAGCUGUGUAUGCAGCAGAAAAGGUGAUGGGAGCCGGGAAGCCUUGGCAUAAAACGUGCUUCCGCUGUGCUAUGUGUGGUAAAAGUCUGGAGUCGACCACAGUGACCGACAAGGAUGGAGAGAUAUACUGUAAAGUUUGCUACGCCAAAAACUUUGGCCCAAAAGGAUUUGGACUUGGAAAUGCCGCCAUGUUGGAGGAACGAGACUGA